CAAGGUGAAUGAGUUUACAGCAAUGAAGCCAUAUGAUUUGCAGCGCAAAGCGCUGUCGUUGCUGAACCACCGGUUCAGAGUAUACAGACGAGUAAUAAUACGGACAUGGAUGCUUUUAAUUCUGGUGCUGGCCGCAGCUGGGCUCUGUGUUCGCGUUUUUUUUCACCGCUCUCUAGACUUAGCCGGUCUGGAGCAGAUGGAGUUUGAGGACCGAUUUUCCAAACAGGCCUUGCAGAAAGUGCCCAUGUCGGAACGGCCCAUAGAGUCAGCCAAGGACGCGGUAUUUGAGAGCGGGUGCAGGGACCCUCUUAUCGAGUCGAAAAACCCCCGUAUGAACGCCGCAUUCGUUGUUCUCGCGCGCAACUCCGAGAUUGAUGGCGUCGUGUCGUCGAUGAAGUCGCUGGAACGCCAUUUCAACCAAUGGUUCAACUACCCGUGGAUUUUUCUCAAUAACGAACGUUUUAGCCAGGAGUUCAAGAAGAAAGUAGCACAGGUGAGCAGCGGGCCUGUGCGGUUCGGCACAGUGCCGGAGGCGAGGUGGAAUUUUGAGGAGCAGCAGACAAACCCUGUGCUGUUCAAGGAGGCCAUUGAGUCGCAGGGAGACCGCGAGAUAAUGUACGGCAACACUGGCAGCUAUCAUAAUAUGUGUCGUUUUUACUCGGGCUACUUCUUCAAACACCCCCUCGUGCGGAAAUUGGACUGGUAUUGGCGCGUGGAGCCGGAUGUAGACUUCUACUGCGACUUAACAUACGACCCGUUUCUGGAGAUGCAAAUGCAGGGAAAGAAAUACGGGUUCACGGUGGCAAUUAAGGAGCUGGUCAACACGGUACCAAAUCUGUUCCGCUACACGAACGCGUUCAUCAAGAAGCACGACGUUCCGCUGUCAGACGCAUGGGAGUUUUUUGUCGACCGGUUCGACGUCUACAAGGGCCAGAACAGCGAGCACUAUAAGAGCAUCACUAAUAUAGGCGAUUUUUGGAAAAAGCUCGAGGAGCGGGUUCCAAUGUACCAUGCGUUGCAGACGGCCGGUGAGGACGCGGCACGGGUGGACCAGCACUCACUUAAUAGGCUCGUGGAUCACAGCAACAAGCGCGGGCUGCACACGGUCAACAAGGACAGGUUUGACGGGACAGAGUACAAUAUGUGCCAUUUCUGGUCAAACUUUGAGAUUGCGCGCACAGACCUGUUUACGUCGGAGCAGUACCAACAGUACUUUGACUAUUUGGAGUCGUCGCAGGGGUUUUUCAUCGAACGGUGGGGAGACGCUCCGGUGCACUCUCUUGGAGCAGGAAUGUUUCUCAAUUUGUCGGAAAUUCACUACUUCAGAGAUAUCGGCUACAAGCACUCGACUUUAGGCCACUGUCCGAAAAACUCGCCACACCAGCUGCCGUACAAGCCGGGCUCGCGGUACAAAAACGUCUACCACGAAGACGAUGAGCGUAACCUGGCAAAUUAUGACCGGCCAGUGUCAGAUGGCGGUGUCGGGGUGGGGUGUCGGUGCAAGUGUCCUGCAGAUCAUGCCGAAAUCGAAAAUUCAGGGGGAUCGUGCGUGGCGCUAUGGGCGAAGUUGACUGCUGACGAGCGGGAGCCCCGUGCGACCCUGGAUCUGGACGCGAUAGAGGCUCGCGCUUUGGAGAUGUACGAACAGUAUUUGGAGCAGCACGACAACGACGGGUCCAAGUGGAAGCUGAGCACUGCCGAUCGUGAGGAGUUAGAGAAGCUGGGCUCGCUCUAAACACCCGCGGCCAUUCUGUAGGGCUGUAAGAUAAUUGCAAAUCUAGCGGAUAGGAUGCCGGGGCUUUGAAUAAACUAGCUUCAAAGUGCCGCAUGCGAUAACGCACACAUAUAAUUGUUUCACGUUCGAUGUGGAGAAUAAAAGCCACUCUUUGAAUUGCCAAGCUUGUCUGCAAGUGACAACUGGGUGGACGUCGCGCAGAAUGCAACCCCUACCGGGCGAAGAAAAAAUCAAGAUUGAAAGAAGCCGCGGUUAGAGUUUAAAGUUUUCCAUGCAUCAUAAACUUAGGAAGUUGUAUCCAGUAUUGUCUCUCCAACUGGAAAUUAUUCGGUCACAUUUGCUUCUUUAUUGUUGCAACAAUAUACGCACUAUUGCUUGCUUCUUCCCAGGAUUGGCACUGUAUAUGUACACAGCUAGCCCUUCCCACGACAUGCUGUCCUCAUCUUUAGUGAGUCUACUACCGGACAUGGACCAACCACAUCUGUCGUCCUACCUAAUCCGCUCUCCCUACCAGUCCUCGGAAAACUUGUCGUCGCCGCCAAGUCAGGACCAGGGCACCCAACAAAACCGCGAGACAGGUCCCGUAUCGCAUAUGCCUCAAGUAUGGCAAUUUUAUGACAACUACACCACAGACAUGAUCCUGGGCGACUACGAUCUGUCGGCCAGCACGCACCUUGCUUCCUUUCAGCAAGCCCAGCCUCCGUACGCUACCAGCCCG